AUGGCCAUGCACAACACUCGUCUUUCUCGGUGGUGGGAAAGAAGGGAUGUUGAGGAGGAGGAGGGUGUUGAUGAACUGGUUCAAGCAUGGGGAGCGAGCAAGGCGGCGAGCUUCGUGAGGGGAGUAGAGGAGUCGCCGCUGCAGGUCGUCCACAAAAACUUCCCCACGUUGAGAGGCGACCCAAAGGCCAGAGAGCACUUCGAGCUCGCCGCCCAGCUUCCGGAGAAGCCGACGAAGGAGUUCAAGAUCUACAGAUGGAACCCCGACGAACCCCGCCGCAAGCCCUUCCUCCAAUCCUUCUUCGUCGACCUGCGCACCUGCGGCCCCAUGGUAUUGGACGUGCUUCAGCAGAUCAAAGCGGAGCAAGAUCCCAGCCUGAGGUACCGGAGGUCGUGCAGGGAAGGCAUCUGCGGCUCCUGCUCCAUGAACAUCGACGGCAACAACACCGUGGCUUGUCUGAAGCCCGUCGACGCCGACACCUCGACAGCCACGAUGAUCACCCCUCUCCCCCACAUGUUCGUCAUCAAGGACCUCGUCGUCGACCUCACCAACUUCUACCAGCAGCACAAGCUGAUCGAGCCAUGGCUGAAGACCAAGAAGCCACCGGAGAAGGGAAGAGAGUACCUGCAGUCGCCGAGGGAGCGGAAGAAGCUCGACGGGCUCUACGAGUGCAUUCUUUGCGCAUGCUGCAGCACGGCAUGUCCUGCCUACUGGUGGAAUCAGGAAGCUUUCUUGGGACCGGCUGCUCUACUCCAUGCCUUCCGCUGGGUCUCGGACAGCCGUGAUGAGUUCACGAAGGAGAGAAUACGAGGUCUGACGGAGGACGAGGACAAAUUAUACAGAUGCAGGACCAUCAAGAACUGCACAGCUGCUUGCCCGAAGAGCUUAGAUCCUGCAAAAGCCAUUUCUGCCAUGAGGACCAUUCAUCAACUUCACUAG